GGUUGACUUUGGUUAAUUUGAUUAGAGGAAAAUCUUUGAUCAUCAAGUAUGUUAAUUGUGAUCAAGUUUCUAUUCUCAUCUUUUCUUUUAAUUGUUUUCCUAUCGAUCAAUUUAUCAGUUAAAUUGUCAAGUCCAAGUUUAACACAAUUAGUUAAUCAUUCUUCCUUUGUAAGACAAUCAACACCAUUAAUGAAUGGACAAAUUGUCGGUGGCUCAAGAGCAACAAUUAACCAUUUCUCUUAUUUGGUUUCCCUUCAGAAAUCAACACCCAAUGGAUUUAAACAUUAUUGUGCUGGAUCAUUAAUUAGAUCAAAUAUCGUUCUAACUGCGGCUCAUUGUGUUUCCAGAAUCAAAGCAAACAAUUUAAUCUUGGUAACACUUUCAUCUAAAUCAACUAAAUCGUAUCUAUUGAAACACUUUCACCGAGUCUCCAAAAUUGUCAUUCAUUUUAAUUACAAUGAGAAUGGUCAUCAUAAUGAUUUAGCUCUAAUCUUCUUACACAAUCAUCUACCACUGGUCAAACUUGGCCUGACCACAGUUCGACUACCCUAUCAAUCAAUUAAUUAUGUUUAUAUACCAAGUAGAUUGACAGUCAUUGGGUGGGGUGUUAAUUACGGUGCUGGUUAUUUGAGGAAAGCAAAUUUAAAUCGUCAUGAUGAUUAUGAGUGUAAAUUUCACCAUGGAAAUAAGUAUCAUCCAGGAAUGAUCUGUGCCGGUGGUGAUGGAAUCGCUAGUUGUUUCGGGGACUCGGGUGGACCUGCGAUUCUAAGAAAAGGAACCAAAUCAGGUAAGGAUAUUUUAUUUGGAAUCGUUUCUUGGGGAUCGGAAAUUUGUGGUAAUAAACCGACAGUUUUUACCGAUAUUAUUUAUUACCUUCGAUGGAUAAAGUUAAGCAUUGCAAGAGAAAUCAGAUAAUAAUCGAUGAAAUGAAAUCGAACAUUGUAAUUCCAAUUAAUAUAAGAAAUGUUUCGUGGAAAAUUAUCA